AUGGGAUGGGAAGGGAAGGCAGGCAAAACUAGAGAAGAGAAUAAAGAAAGAGAUGGUGGCUAUUACUGGUUAAUGAAGCUGCACAUGACAGCUGCUGAUAGAGAUUUGAAGACAGGCCCUCCGCAGUCCACUCACGUAGCAUUCAAAAGGACAGAGCCAAAAGAUGUUUCGUCCAGAAAAGAAAGUCAUCCAAACAUAUAG